GCGAGGAAGUAUGAUUACCUUUUGGACGCAGUUUGGCUCAGGGAUGCAGACUUCAUUGAAUCGGAGAAUCCAAUUUUUCAGAGCGUGCUGGAUCAGGAGGCAUAUGAGCUAGUUCAAGUGGUGUGGCGGUUGAUCAAAGCAGCAAUCCGGGAGCAUGGGUCACGUGGGGACAAGGUCUUGCCGUUCCUUCUGAAAUUCAGGGACAUUGUCGAGCGCUUGGGGCACCACCUGAUGAUUGAACGCAUGGUGGCAAUCUCGGAGGUGUGCGUUGGCUUGGCCUCGAAGCAGGGAGGGGAUGUCGGAGAGGCUGUUCCUGAGUGGGAUUGGCGAGUGCGAAAACUUGACAUCCGGGGCGCCAUUAAUGUCUACUUCAGCUUGCUCAUGGCGGAGCGCUAUGUAGUCAACGUGGGUGAGGUCGACACGAAGAAAAGCAAUGUAUGCCCCAAGUGCUUUGGACAAGAAGAGAAGCCAUGUAUGUGCAAGAAUGCUGGUGGCGCUGCAGGAGGGCCAGUCUUGAUUCCAGGGGCGGUGGCGGAUGUCGGUGACGUGUGCGCCGCAAAGAUCAGCGCUGCGGCUACUUUGGUCUGGGCGGCGGUGGUUGUAAACUACCAGCCUGUCACUUGGCAACAACUGACCCAGCGCAUGCGGGGUGCGGAAAACAAAGCUCUUCUGCUUCAAGCCCUGGAGAUGUUGUGUCUGCAGGGUGCAGUGCAGGAAGUUGAGCGGGAGAUCAAAACAGAGCGGGUGACAGGAGUCAAUGAAGCAGUCAAGCGUCGACGACUGCAUGGCAGCCAGGAGCCGAAGAGCAAAAUGAAGGUAGAGUUGCAGAUGUCCACAGACAUGGCUUCGCCAGUGGGCUUGGUCACACGCGGCGGGCAGGAAGCUUUCCCGAAAUUCAAGCUCCAGUGCUUGGCUGCGUGGCCUGUGAACCCAGUGCUCGAUGCGGUGAAGGCGGAGCACAAGAGGCGUGACUUGAGGCGGGAGAAGUCUGUGAGAUCUGCUGUUUGA